CUGGCACAGAGGAUACAGAAGCUUCCCUUCAAGUCCUGCAUCUUUCAGCUCACCAUCUAACUCCUCUUAGCAGCACUGCACUAGGAGGGAAAUCCCAUUUCCACAAUGUCCAUUGAGGAGAUUCGUGCCCGGGAAAUCCUAGACUCUCGUGGGAAUCCAACUGUCGAGGUGGACUUGUAUACCUCAAAAGGAAUGUUCAGGGCAGCUGUACCAAGCGGUGCCUCCACUGGCAUCUAUGAAGCUUUGGAACUGCGUGACAAUGAUAAAUCCCGAUUCCUUGGCAAAGGGGUUCUGCAGGCAGUGGAUCACAUCAACAGCACUAUUGCCCCUGCUCUUGCGAACUCUGCCUUUUCGGUUGUAGAGCAAGAGAAGAUAGACAACCUCAUGCUGGAACUGGAUGGCACAGAAAAUAAAUCUAAAUUUGGAGCUAAUGCCAUUCUGGGUGUUUCCCUGGCUGUCUGCAAAGCUGCCGCUGCAGAGAAGGAUGUACCCCUGUACCGUCAUAUUGCUGACUUGGCUGGAAAUUCAGAUCUCAUUCUGCCAGUCCCUGCUUUUAAUGUGAUCAAUGGAGGGUCCCAUGCUGGAAAUAAACUGGCCAUGCAAGAGUUUAUGAUUUUGCCCGUUGGGGCUGAAAGCUUCCGGGAUGCCAUGCGCAUUGGUGCUGAAGUCUAUCAUAAUCUCAAGAGUGUCAUCAAAGACAAGUAUGGUAAAGAUGCUACCAAUGUAGGAGAUGAAGGGGGCUUUGCCCCAAACAUCCUGGAGAACAGUGAAGCUUUAGAGCUGCUCAAGGAAGCCAUUGAGAAAGCUGGUUAUACUGAUAAGAUUGUGAUUGGCAUGGAUGUGGCUGCAUCAGAGUUCUACAGAGAUGGCAAAUAUGACUUGGACUUCAAAUCCCCUGAUGAUCCCAGCCGUUACAUCUCUGCUGAUGAACUGGGUGACCUCUAUCAGAGCUUUGUACGGGACUAUCCAGUGGUAUCCAUUGAGGAUCCUUUUGAUCAGGAUGACUGGGAAGCCUGGUCAAAGUUCACGGCUAAUGUAGGGAUUCAGAUAGUGGGAGAUGACUUGACGGUGACCAACCCCAAACGCAUUGAGCACGCAGUUGAGGAGAAGGCCUGCAACUGUCUACUGCUUAAAGUCAACCAGAUUGGAUCGGUCACUGAAGCUAUUCAAGCUUGUAAACUGGCUCAAGAGAAUGGCUGGGGGGUGAUGGUGAGUCAUCGAUCAGGGGAGACUGAAGACACCUUCAUCGCUGACCUGGUGGUGGGACUCUGUACUGGGCAGAUAAAAACCGGAGCUCCGUGUAGAUCUGAGCGUCUGGCAAAAUAUAAUCAGCUAAUGAGGAUUGAGGAAGAACUUGGUGAUGAAGCUCGCUUUGCUGGGCACAACUUCCGUAACCCAAGUGUCCUAUAAAUGCAUCCUGGCAUACUCUGGCCAUGCCUGCUAUUUCAGUGCACAGACUCUGAGUGCCCAUUAGAUCACAUCUUCCAUCGUCCUUGUUCCACACUCUCCUGCUCCUGGUCUUCUCAGACCCACUCACUGGAAUUGCCCAGGAUAUGCAAAGACUGACGCUUCCUUUUGCCUGUCAUGAUGCAAUGCUGCAAGUCAGCUUUGUCUGUGUUGCGCAGUGUCUGCUGUUUAGACCUGCUUGAGUCAUCGUUAUACCCAAGUACAAAAUGAUGUCAGCAUGUUUGCCCUGGUGUUUGGCCAGUAUUUUGCACAUUUGAAGAUUGUCCUUAAAUUGGAGUCCGGAUUGUAUUUGCUUAUUGAUACAAGAUGGUGUUUUUGUGUUUUUGUCCCUUGCAAUAUCAGCAUCUAUGUUUUGAUCCCUGUGAGUUGUGUUUAAACUUGUGUGCUGCAUAUUGUUAGUAACUGGUUGCUCCAUUUGUAUGUGUGACAGGGAGGGGGGGGGGAGAAAAGAAACGUAAGUGAGAGAAUAUAUGUUCUUACCAGCCACAAAAUACAAUUUAAUUACAAGCAGUGUGUGUGUGUGUGUGUGUGUGUGUGUGUGUAGGUUAGUAGUUAGUAUGCAUCUGCAUCUGGGGUUAGGCGCCCAUUGAUCCAAAGGUUGAAUUGCUGUAGAUUUUUUUUCUGAAUGUGAAGGGCAAGAUGUCUGGUAUGAUACACUGGAUUAGUGUGCCAUGUUUUGUAGGGUGCUGUGGGUAGUGCAUCGUGGACAUGUUCUUGCAAUCAGCACUUUGCUCUGAUCUCUCUCCCUCUCAUUGCUGCCUGGAUGUUUGGUCGCAUUUUACUCUCUGCCUCUUCAUCCAUUUUCCUCUUGCUCUGCUAUCAUUUCUGCUUUAAGCCACAGAGGUUUCACAUUCAACUGCCUCCUCACCAAUAAACAAACAACAGAAGAAAAAAGAGAAGAAAAACCAACAUCCAGAAAAAUAACCAACAAGUAAAACCUCAAUUCAAUUAAAUUG